ACUCUGAAGGCCACAGGGUUACCCAGCCCCACAGCCACGGGAUCCCAACAACUCCUUGUGACGCUCUCGGCUGUGAACGCAUGCACCAAGAUGUCGCCACGUACAAAACGCUAAUAAAUAUGCACAGUAUCCUAGAUAUCGCGUGGCCAUCAGUCAAUAUCGAAUAACCGCCUCGACUGUCUGCGGGGCGUCUGGCAGGCGACCGGGGCGAGACGGAGAGAGGAAAUGGGAAAUGUUGGAAACCACCUUCUUCCUCCGCCUUCCUCUCGCGGCGCUGUACGUUGGGCCUAACCCAGGUAGGCCUCGCGCUCAGGGGCGGAGACACAGGGCCCGCGGAGCAUAGACAAGUCUCCUCUGUCUCUCAGUGAAGGAUUUUGCGAGAGGGAACGUCGCCGCAGACCCUCAGCAGCGAGAGAGUCCCCUGUGUGGGAAGGGCGGCAGAUCGAUGCAGCGUGGGAGACCGAAAGUGAGGAGCAUGACGUGUUUGUGGAAGCGAAGGGCGUUGAUUCACAGGUCGAAGACAUAGGCCUACAUGAGUCCCAGCGUAACAACAGGCCGGAACAGAACCCGCAGAGCCGCGUGAUACAGAGUAUGACGUAACUAGAAAUGUUACUUUCCGUGACGCUACAGUGAAGUACAGUCAGGUCUCGUGCGGUAGUGGGAGGUGGGUGCGAGAACCCAAAGAAUCAUGGCACCCACGACGAAAACGUGAUCGGAAAACCACGCCCCGCUUUCCGUAGAGAAAAGUUAGUCGAUAACCAAACGCACGGCCAUUACAGGUGCUGAAACACACGCGAAAAAAAAGAGAGAGAAAAGAAAAGAGAUCCAAACCACGCACGUGUAUAAACAAUCUCUCGAACCCCAUGACUCACCCACCAAAUCUAGUGUCACGGAACAGAAGAAGAAAAAAAGACUAGCGGAACACCCAACGACGCCAAUGCACAACCACGCCAUCGACGAGUGCGGGAAAACAUAAACUAGGCAACAACCAAUACCCCAAAACAAGUCCGCCAAGAAGAGAAUGUGCUUAUUGUGCAUGCUCCAGUACAUGGGCAUCGAAAUGGGUAAAGGUGCAGCAGGGGCGUGCGGUGGGCGCCAGGGAGAGUAUGCCAUCGGGAACACAGAAGAACAGUAUGGCGGCAGUAGACACGACUGGCGCUACUAUUUGUGCUGUUUCAGUCGGAGCGGCGCCUUCGCAGAGCGUGGCAAAAUGGUCUUCCUUCACGGCGUCCUAUACCUUGAGGUCAUCGAGGGGCGGGACCUCCCUGACGUCGACACCUCCUGGUUCCGGUCCUCGAAGGAUGUCUCGGAUCCGUACGUGACCGUGGACACGUGCUGCGCGGGCCGGAAGACGUGCCGCAUCGCCAAGACGUCCAUCAUCUACAAUUCCCUGAACCCUCACUGGGGCGAGAAGUUCCGCAUCGAGAUGUGCCACGAAACGGAGUCCCUCCUCUUCACCGUCAAGGACCUCGACUUAGUCAAGAUGGAGUCGAUGGGAUUCAUGAGCAUCAGAGCGGAGGACCUCCUUAGCGACGAGCCUGUGACUGGCUGGUUCCCGAUCAUAGACAAGAGCGGAAACCCAGCCGGUUCCCUCAAUGUGUCACUGCGUUUUUUGACCACGGCUCAGAUAACGCGGUCCAAUGAGGUUCCAGACACAGUGUUUCCCAUGCGGACUGGCUGCCGUGUGAAGCUCUACCAGGACGCCCACACGCCCGCUGAGCCACCGGUCACGGACGUCCCAACACGAACAGGAGACGCAUACGAACCACCACAACUGUGGGUGGACAUCACCAACGCCAUCGAAAAUGCACAAAAGCUGAUUUAUAUCAUCGGAUGGAGCGUGAAGGCAGACAUGAGUCUCUUACGCGAUGGCGAAUGCGAGAAUCUGGGUGACGUGCUAAAGAGGAAGGCAAACGAAGGGGUCAGGGUCAUGGUCAUGGUCUGGAAUGAGGCCAUGAGCACGGAUAUCUACACCCCAGGGAUCAUGGGCACUCAUGAUGAGGAGACAAGGCUUUUCUUCGAGGGGUCAGAGGUCGAAGUUUUCCUGGCACCACGUCAGAAGAACAAGGGUAAGCUCAUGGAAAAUAAUUUUGUGGCAACCCUGUACACCCACCACCAGAAGUGUGUUAUAGUUGAUGCCGAAGCAGAAGGUGAUGACAGGCGACGUCUGGUGGCAUUUGCUGGAGGCAUUGACUUGACAGAUGGACGCUAUGACACGCCUGACCACCCUCUGUAUAAAACACUGCCAGAACAACACCAAUAUGAUUUCUACAAUGGCAUCUGUCAGUCCUCAGUUACUCAAGGCCCACGUGAGCCUUGGCAUGAUAUCCAUAUGUAUGUAGAAGGACGGGCAGCUAAUGACCUUUUGCAAAACUUUGUAGAGAGGUGGCGUCGUCAGGCUCCAGAUAGGGAAAACCGUCUUCUUCCAGUCACUGAAGAUGACUUUGUCUUGGAGUGGGAUUCUCCAGAUGAGACAAUAUGGAAUGUGCAGUUCUUCCGUUCCAUUAACUCUGACUCUGCACAGUUUGAUUCGAAUGUCCUGGAUAGACUACUUACCAGGAAGGGCCGAUUGUAUGAGAACUCCAUUCAGAGAGCUUAUGUACAUCACAUCCGACGAGCUAAACGCUUUAUUUAUAUAGAAAAUCAGUAUUUCCUCGGGUCAGCACACAGCUGGUUAGUGCAUGAAGCAAAGUGCCCGCAUCUUAUCCCCAUCGAGCUUACAACGAGAAUAAUAAAUGCCAUAAAUGCAGGAGAGGACUUCCGGGUGUAUGUGGUGAUUCCUAUCCACCCAGAGGGAGACCCAACCUCAACAGCGGUGCAAGAAAUCCUUCACUGGCAACAUCGUACAAUGGAAAUGAUGUACAAAAAGAUUGCUAAGGCCAUUCGCAAGGCCAAAAUAGAAGCCCAUCCCACUGACUACCUUAGCUUCUAUUGUCUAGGGAAGCGAGAAUGUCCAGAAGAUCUCCCAGAUGGUUUGGAUGAACCAGACUCUGGAACUGUAGCUGAAAAGGCACGUGAGAAUCUCCGUUUCAUGAUCUAUGUCCACUCCAAAAUGGCAAUAUUUGAUGAUGAAUAUAUUAUUGUUGGUUCGGCUAACAUCAAUGAAAGGAGCAUGAGUGGCAACCGUGAUUCUGAAAUGGCUCUAGGAGCAUAUCAGCCAAUGUAUACCAAAGAAGAGUGUGGAGACGGUGAAAUAGAGGGUGACGUCAGAACUUUCCGCUUAUCCCUGUGGGCUGAGCACUGCGGUGCUCACAUGGAGGAACAUCUUACACCAACUUCAGUUGACUGUAUGAGAGCCAUUAAUGAACUUGCAAAGUCUAAUCUAGAGAAGUUCAUAGCACCAGAAGCAGAGCACAAUGAUUCUCAUUUGAUGUCCUACCCACUUGACGUCAAGUAUGACGGCAGAGUAGUGGUGCGGGAAGACCUGGAAAAAUUCCCCGACACAGGUGGCUCUAUCACUGGCAAGAACUCCAACUUCCUACCAAAUUCUCUCACUACCUAGAUUGUAACUGAGCUCCAGAAGCAAAUGAUUAUGCAUAAUGUAUAUUUGAAUUAAGGGAUUUAUCCAAAUUAAGUGACACCAAUGUAAUGGAGAAAACCAAAAUUUUAUUCCAUGCUCAAGUAAAGCAACAGUGAUUGGCCUAAUUGCAUUCAUGGAAUCUUGUGUGACUGUUUUUUUUCUUUUUUUUACAAAGACCAGUUGUUUUUGCAAGUGUUUUGACACAGCCAGACAGACAAAUGAAAGUUUUGCAGAGCAGUGACCAUGAGUUUGCCUUCUUCGCGUACAAAAUGUUAACACAAACCUAUGCUGUAGAUUGUGUAUUGUUUUUUAUAUAGAUUUUUAUUACAUCAGGAGCACAAUUUGUUGUAGUCUAUAUGGAUGUAUUUCUGACUGUAGAAAUGUAUUCACACUUAUAUCAUGAUAGUAUAUCUAUUUUUAUUUAAUUUUAUUUUGUAUUACAUUACUGGAAAACAAUUUGAAAGCUACUCAUAUAUUUUAAUUUCUCAUAUAUGAAAGCUACUCAUAUAUUUUAAUUUCUCAUAUAUGAAAGCUACUCAUAUGUUUUUAAUUUCUCAUAUGUUUUAAAUGUAUAGCAACUUCAGUAAUUCUUAUAUGAUGUCCAUAAUCAAAAUAUAGAUUGUAAGUGUCUCUUUCUGAUUUUAUAUAAUUAUUUAGAGAAACUGCAAUGAGCAAUAUUUUUUUCUCACAAUUUUCCCACUGAUUAAAAUUGUUUUUAGAUGAAUGUAACAAAGAUUUUUAAAAAAUAAUAAUGUUUUUUUAUUCUAUCAAGGUUUUAUAGUUUACUGUUAGUUUUAGUGAUAGUUUUAUAGAUAAAUAUAACCCAGUGCUGCAGCUGCCUAGAUACUUAGUAACAGGUAAUGAUAGAGAGGUAGAUUAAUAUCCAUGAAUGAUAACAUUACCCUGCCAAAUUAUGAAUAUACAGAUAAUAAAGAAGAUAGAAAAGACAGAUAGCUAUAGAUGUAGAUAGACAACAAAGUAUAGUUUAAGAAUGAAAAGAUGCAUAACUCACUCGUUUUUAAAUAAUUUCUCAAAAUGCACACCAAUCCAUCCUUUGAAGUGAAUUUCUAUCUUCCUGCAGAAGCUUUGCAAAUUGUGAAAGGAAGCUAUUGCAAGUUUUCUCUUCAUCUUGCUAAAGGCAGUAUGUUUAUAAUUGUACAGAGACAGUGACAGCUAGCUUGGUGAUGGAACACUGAGAAUAGUGGUAGCUACUACUUUUGCUGGUGCCUGAAUCAUAUCUUUUCUAAUAUUGGUGAUUCAGUGAAAUGUUAUUUGUUUUAUGACAUGAAACUAUGAUUCAGUGUAUAUUAAUUUACUGCCAUCACAUUUUUUUUUUUUUAUCUCACCGAUGUAGGUUGCAUAGAUGUACAGUAGGAGUUUUAUCAGAUGUCAAUAUUUGACUUAUAUUAUUUUUGUAAUGCUCUUUGAAAUACUGUACUUGCACAAACACGAUCACACUAAUCCGAAACAACAGUAUGUGACUUUGUUUGAAGCUCAUGAACUGACUGUCUCUCUCUUUCAUUUUUGGGGCUUUCUUUUAUAUAUAGUGUUAUUGUGGCAACUUUUGUUUGAUUGCUGAGAGAGAUCUUUUUACACUUCAUCAUUUAAUUCUCGUCAUAUACUCUUUGAAGUUCAUUACUGAAAUAUUGUAUAAUAUUUUUGAUUAUAAGUAGCCUUGUGUUAAGUACAAUUUUUAAUGUAUGAUACAACAUAAUGCUGUGUUUAAUAGCCACUGCGAUUCAUUGCCAAACAUUACAUUUUUAGAAAUGUAAUGAGCAUUUAUUCAAUGUAUUUCAGUAGCAUAAUAUAAAGAUAUUAUUUGGUUUUAAGAUUUACACAAGCAAAGUAAAUAUUGUGUUCUUAAAUAUGAACGUCAAAACAGAGAUCAAUAAUUAACAGUUCUUUAUUGAGAUCAAAGUUAUGAAAUUUGAUUAUCAUUUUGGUUAUUACAGAUGCUCUUUCUUAUUUGUAGAUACUGAUAGGUAGUGAUCUAUGAAAGAAAACAAAAUAGGACUUGUAAUGAAAUGUUUUUUAGUCAUUUGAAUAUUAUUUAUUGGUACUUGCACAUAUGUAUUCAUUAUAUAUCUAUAUGUAAUAUGUGUGCUUAAAUAUAUGCACUACUGUUCACAUGUAAUUCUGAUACCUUUAAAAUGAGUGACCUGAAUGCUUAUAAAACUAUAUAAAAUUGAACUGACCUUAUAAACUUGCCAGAUCCAAAAGAGUUUGCCUAAUUAGAUCUCAUUACAGUAAGAUCAUAUUUGGAAUAACAUUAAAAACUCAUCAAUUACUUGUAUAUUGAAAGGUGACUUACAUUAAUAUUAUAUUGUAGACUAUUGUGAACUGGAGAUUUUGAAUGUUAAAUUGAAACAUGUAAGACUUAUUUACCUAAAUAUUUAUAAACAAAUGCACAAAUAUGUUGAAUUACCUGUUUAGUAUCUUAUCUUGUAUGUACUGAAUACUUCUCACUUUGUCAUGUACUGGUGCUGAAUUUGUCAAUUUAUAGUCUUGAAUAAAUCUAUGGAUGCAUAA